AUGGCGGCGGGCAUGGGGAAUGUGUGGCGGUGGGUGUGGAGAGAAAGAUGGCCCGGGCGUCUCACUCGCAUGGACACAAGAGGGAGCAUUUACCAACCUAGGGUGAGACUGUGGGCCCUAGAUGCAUGGGUGAAUGUUAACGGAGACUGUGGGCGGGCCCGGGAACAGUCUGGAUUGGCAGGCUCUGAGCCACCGUGCAAGGGUGCUUGUCUCCUUCAGGAAGAUGGCCAUGAAGAGAACCAGAGCAGUGUGUCUGAGUUCAACCUCCUGGGGCUCCCCAUCCAGCCAGAGCAGCAGGGCAUCUUCUUCACCCUGUUCCUGACCAUGUACCUGACCGCGGUGCUGGGGAACCUGCUCAUCAUCCUGCUCAUUAGGCUGGACUCUCGCCUCCACACCCCCAUGUACUUCUUCCUGUGCCACCUGGCCUUCUCUGACAUCUCCUUAUCAUCUGUCACCAUCCCAAAGAUGCUCAGCAACAUGCAGACUCAGCACCUGUCCAUCUCUUAUGUGGGGUGCAUCUCUCAAGUGUAUUUUUUCUUGCUUUUUUUUUUUGCAGCUGUUGACAUUUUUCUUCUUGCAGUGAUGGCGUAUGACAGGUAUGUGGCCAUCUGCCACCCACUGCAUUACGUGGUUUUCAUGAGGUAAAAGCUGUGUGACUUAUUGGUGACUGGAUCUUGGCUCCUCUCUUGUAUGCGUGCUCUGCUGCAUACCCUGUUCCUGUCCUGCCUGCCCUUCUGUGCUGACAACACUAUCCCCCACUUUUUCUGUGAUCUCCGUGAGCUUCUGAAGUUGUCCUGCUCAUAUACCUCCCUCAACGUGCUACUCAUCUUAACUGAUGGAGGAGUGGUGACUGUCCUGCCACUGGGUGCUAUUUUCGACUGUUAUAUCUGCAUUGGUUUUACUGUCCUGAAAGUCCCCUCCACUAAGAAGAUCUGCAAAGUUCUCUCCACCUGUGGAUCUCACCUCUUAUUGGUGUUUUUGUACUAUGGGACUCUUGCAGUUAUUUAUUUCUUUCCUUCCUCCAAUAAUUCCCAAGUGAAGAAUGCAAUUGCUUCAAUAAUGUAUACAGAGCUGACACCCAUGCUGAAGCCCUUCAUCUACGGCCUGAGGAACAGAGACAUGAAAUUGGCUCUGGGGAUACUUUGGAGAAGG